GCAUUUAUCAAGUUCAGAUAAUUGUCUUGGACAGCAGCUCCCUGACAGGUAAUAUGCUGUUUUUCUAUUUCCUUUUGUCUUUACUUAAUGUAAUAGGUAGUUUCAGGUUACUGUGUUAAUCCAUACAAAAUAGUUGGCUAAUUAAAUGCAAGAGAAUUCAAUGCACCAGCACAAGUUGCACAAUAUUUGCUAUCAGCUUUUUAAUGAUUUUGUAGUAUAUAUUGACAAAAUAGUGUGAAAUGCUUUCAAAAAGAAAUAAUCUUACACUUUUUCUAUCUCUAAGAGUUACAGCAAGGAUUAAUGUGAAUUAGUGGUGACACUUGACUCUUGUCAGGCUUUUCAGAUUUGAUUGGCAUUUUUUGUCUUGCAUUUUGAAGAAGAGGGGAGUAUCAGUGAAGCUCAGUUCAGAGUUUGGAAUUGGUGCGCAUGGAAUGUAAAUGUGAGUUAAGAGAGAAUGAUGUGAUGGAAGUUAUUUGACUUGGAUUGAAAUAGGGGCAUGAUAGGACAGUGAUAAAGAGCACAAGCAAAGUGUUUGGCAGAAGCACAACUUUGAGGAAGCUCAAGAACCUCACAACUGAUAUGGGAAAAGAUGAGUGAGAGUAGGAAGUAGAUUUGAAGACAAGUUGAACGUGGCUGAGGCAACAGGCAAAGUAGAUUAUCUCUGUGGCAGUAGGCAUAGGUGACAGAGGGAAUUAAUUCCAUAUGUUCUGAAGUAACAUGCAAUUUAUAAAUGCAAUAUCAAUUUUACUUACAAGACAAGUCUUCAUGAUAUACAUCUUAUUUUCAUAGAGAUUUGAGAGGGCAGCAAAACCAUAAUCCUGCUGCAUGAAACCAAGCAAUGGAGUGAAGGCUAUUCUGCCUUGCUGAACGCUUACAUGAUUCUUCUACCGUGCCAGGGGUUUUUAUAAUAAAGAAUGAUGGACUGCUUUUAAAGCAAGCACUGUAGGUGUAUAUUUCACUGACACAAGUAGCUCUGUUUCGGUCUUUUGCAACCUCAGAACUCACUGUGCUAUGACUGGUUUUAGCUGUAGGCACUUUAAAAUUAUUAGAUUCCUUUGACUGAAGCAAAUGCAAGAGUAAUUUCCAAUUCUAUUUUUCAUAUACAGCAAGCCCCUCCUUCCCUCAACCUCCAACCAACUUUUGCCAGUGGUUAAUACUUCUAGAAGUUUUUACAGCGGCUGUUUAUACCUCAUUGUAAACAAUUAUUUAUUGAGCUUAUUUCAUGGAGAUAACCUGGUGAUUUUUAGUGCUGAUUUUGUGUCACCUCUGCUAUCAGAGUUUACAGCCUUAAGGUCUAAUUCUGCCCUUACUGAGCUCAAAAUAGAGUUCAAAACUGUCAUUGAUUUCAAUAGAGUGAGUUAAUGACUUAGAGACCAGGAUUUUUGUUAUCAUGUUCAUGAUUCUUAUGAUAUCAGAAGCCCUCUGAUGACUUACUGCAUACUAAGACAAAGUAACUAGGUCAAACUACAAAAUAAAAAAUGACAAAACUACUCAAUGGUUACAGUAUCCACACUUCUACUGAGCAUUUUUAUACCUUUCUUUAUAUGUUUUUGAUUUGUAUUUUUUCACUAUAUGAUUCUCAUUGAAUCUACAUGAAAUAUUAUACAUAAACUGUUAAUGAAAAAAAGAAAAUAUUGAGAAGAUUAGAAAAAAAUUGUUCUUCAACAGGCAUUGGAAGUCCAGUGUUCAUUCACAUAGUUCCACGCUGAUGUACAACAGAUGAACUGUAUCUCUCCAGAGUAAAAAUAACCACCUGCUGUUAGUAAAAAUAGAAGGAGAUAACAGAAAGAUAUUCUGUAUAUAGAGUAUAAAGGUAGAGAAGACUUUGAAUCCUUACAUAAAGGAGUCAUGUUUGAGCAAGCGUGAUGCAAUGUGCAACCUUAGCCAAAUUUGAAUAUGAUAAUUCCUUUUGCUUUAACUUACCUCCCCAAAUGCUUUUUUUUCAGAUUGUCACACAAAAUUGAUUUACGAGUAAACCUCCCUGUCCCCUUAAACAGUUAAAAGAUAGAAAGAAAUGGAGGGAUAUAAAAAUGUUUGUCUUUUCUUCCAAAAUUCAGGGAGAAAGGAAGAACUGUGAUCAACCCACAUAACAAAAGAAAGUAAGAGAGUGAAAAAGAUGUGUGCUAUGUAGUUACAGACUUUAUAAAGCAAUCACUGCUUGAUGCUUAAACAUCACUUUAUGGUAUUUCCACUGAUAUUCCAUGUGAUGAUAAUAAAUCACGAUUGUACUUUACUUACUUGUACUUUACUUUACAAUGUUCUUGCAUUGACUGCAUACUUUUCUUAAUUUUUUUUUUUGUUGUUGUUCCUUUGGAUUGCACAUGGAAUAAAAAAAGGAGAGAAAUAACUUGAAGAACAUAACCAAAAUAGAAGCAGCAAAAUUACAGUGGUGCUUAGCAGCAGACAAACUUUUCAACACAAUUUUAUUUCAAUUUGUCAGUAUUACUUUAUUCAAGUGCAGCUUUAAAUAUAAACUUGUAGGAAAUGAGAAAGAAUGACUCUAAUGCCCAAAUGCCUCUGGGGAGUACACAUGCGUUGAAUAAAGUGUUUCGUUUUUUUUUUUUUCUUUUGUUUUGUUUUGUUUCUUCUGAUUUUCCAUUUCUGUAGACAUAGCUUGUUUACAACAGCUAAUUUGAGAAAGAAUAUUCUGAACUAGGGAGGGAGAUUGAGAUAAGUAGGUUUUUUUCUUUUUCUUUUUCUUUUUUUUUUUUUACUAAUGAGGUACUCAGGAUCUAUAAAGAAUCCCAGUUCAGCUGACAAUGUUUCACCUGGACCUAACUCCUACAUACUCAGAUGGUGAGUCUUAAGAGCGGGGAAAAUGCCAUCUGGUGAUUCAAAACAAUACAAAACUGAUGGAAUCAAGUUUGUGCGGAUGACAGAUGGAAAUGACCAUCAAUCUGAAAUAAAAUUGCCAUAUGUGAUUCAUGGUCCUGAAGAUUCUGAAAACUCUAGCAAAACACUCAACUAUCUUCAUUAUCAUGUUUCUCUUUAAAAUUCUGUACAUUCAUUAUACUGCAACAAAUUACUAUUGCAGGUUUAGCAACAGUGAAUCAUCAUAGAUGCUUUCCCUUGAUCGUAAAAGUGUCAGUGUAUGUGAUGUACACUGCUACAAAAGCUAGGAACCAUACAUAUCACAAUUAAAUAAGGUAUGAGAAUUAUAAACUGUAAUUUCAUCUAUACUUGUGGUUUUAUAUUACACUUUGAACUCUGAUAUGAGGAUUGUGAUUUGCAUGGAUAUUACAUAAUAUAUGUGUAAAACUAGCAAUAAUGUCUGGUAUAUGAAGAAACUAGAGCAGCAAUAAUAGGUUAGAAUAAUAAUUCUAACUAUUUAAGUAGUAAUAACAGUGAGGUGGCUAGUAAGCUGAUAGUGGGUAAAUUGUGGGCCUUGAAGUGUAGAAAGAUCAAAACAAAGAGAAAGGGUGCACUGUGACUCUGAAGAGAAAGAAAAGAGGUAAAAAUGGAAAAAUUUUGUUCCAUAAAUUAAGUUCUUAUUUGGAGUAAAACUAUUUGAGCGAUGUUCUGGUUUGUGAUAUGAGAGAUUAAGCAGCAAAGGGAGUAAGGUAAACUUAACUGUAGCUCACUGCAUUUGUUUAAAGACUCCCAUCUGUAAACAUUUAGUCUGAAUGUUGAUUUUAUUCAUAUUCAGUUGUUUCUUAUAGAGCACAUAUUGUGACAUUGUGGAUUUUUUUAUCAGGACUCCUGAUGAAAAUGUGUAAUAAUAUGUGUAAGCAUUCACUAAAAUUGCUCCUUUAGUUCUAAAACUUAAAUAUUUCUUCAUAAAUGCUGUAAAACAUACAUCUCUGGCAGAUUCCCUUUGAAAUCAGUAGGCAUUUCCAAGAACCAAAAGGGUCAGGCUGUAUAUAUGUUUGUGUAAAAUGAUUCUUCACUAAUAAAUAAAUAAAUAAUGCAGAAAUAACAUGUAAUGACUAGUAUGCAAUGUUUUCUAAUUUUUGAUUUGUAUGUUUAAAAAUAGUUUAGUACAGAGUUGCAUUUAUAUAUUGCUGUUGAUAAAGAUAUUUUUUACUUGAAAGUCAUUUUAAAAGAGGAAAAAGCAUAAAGAAAAAAAUGUCCCACUGAACACUUCUGGAUCUGUAUGUGCUCAUACAAGUGUCUUUUGCAUAAAAUUUCUAAACAUCUACCAAAUGUGAGCUCAAGGUGUCUUGUCAUACACUGUGAAGUUAUAAUACUUUUUGUACAAAGACUCAGCGCCACAGACAGUAAUGCAACAAAGCAGUAUUUCUCAACCAAAUCCUGUUUUGCAAUCCCUUUUGACUUGCUUGUUACAUGUUAUGUAUUCUGAUCUUUUCCAUUAGUAUAUAUCCGUGUCUGGUAAUUUAAACCUUGGUGUAAUUCUGUCUUUACCGAGGAUUACUGUACUCUAAUAUUGUUUGUAUGACAUGUAUAGGUAACCUCAUCCAUAAUAUACAGUAUCUACAUUUUAAGGCAAUAAGACAAGGUGGUGAUUCUUUAAAUUGACGUGCAAUCACUGGUUGGGUCAGAGUGAGUUUCCAUGGAAUGAAAACCCUACAGUUCACCUUGAUAAUGAGAACAGGCAUAGAUGUUUAAUUUAUUCAUUUCUUUUCGCUUGGAGGGUCAGAAUGAACUGGUAUCUUCAUUUCUGCUUCUAUAAGUUUUCAAAUGAGUUUCGCUUUUUGGUUUUCAAAUAAUAUUUAAUUUGAAGUAUCAAAAGAACAAAAUUAAACCCUAGGUGUCUAUACAAAGUUGAGAAUGAAUAAAAGAUAAAUUCUGUUCAUUGUAAAUUUCAAUAACAACAGUCUAAUUUGAAUGCAGCUUAACUAUUUCAGAAGUCAGUUGACGGUCAAAGCCAAUAUUACUAUGAAGUCUGAAGUGAAAGCAAUCAUCCUUUUGGUAACUGGGACAGAUGAUGACCUUUCUGCAUUCCUUGUGAUUAGAAGAGCAAAGAACUUUUUCCUUAAAGUAAAGAAAUCAUAAACCAGAUGUAUCGAGUUCUGUUCAUAGAACGGAAAAAUUCUAUGGUAUGCUUUCACCUUGUCUUAAACCAAAAGGCAUUUCAAGAACUGACUGAUGAAUUUCCAGCACAAACAACAGAUCUAAACUUUGACUGACUGGAGUAUUUAAGAAGUGAAUAGGGAAUUUAGGAAGUGAUUUGAAUACUAGGACUCAGUGAUCAUUUAAAGCUGGGUCCUCUUUGGAAGACCAAUGCUGCAGUAGUAUUCCCUGUGGACAGCAUGUGCUGCAACAGGAGCUGUACCAACCUGUGAGAUGAAACAGCACAUCCCCAUCUGUUGCUGGCCAGCUGUCCUGUGCAUCCCCCUCCUUUUCCUGAGAUCAGCCUGACAGCAGUACUUAUGCUCUCAAGCUAUCAUGCAGUUGAGCUGCAAACUGGAUACAAAAAGGGAAAGAUGUUCUUCUUAGCAGUCAUUUGUCCAGAAAUCAGUGUCUGGGUGUGUUGGGCUUUCUAGCUCUUGUCCAGAAAGAAUAAUUAGCUUGUGUUUGAGCCCCUCAACAGCUGAAGAGUCUUUUCCUUGAGGCAAGAAUAUAGCAAGAAUACAGCCUUUGUUGGAAGAGAUAAUGACAUUGUUUAUUGAGGAUUUUUAUAGGGAAUAUUGUCUGAAGAAAUGAGUAUUUUCCUGGUAACCACCAUUUCACAGUGCUUAGUAGCAAACUAUUUUAGAUUUAGUUAAAUUUGCCAUUGCCUACUCUUAAGAAAUUUUUUAUCACUUAGCCUCCAAAGAAUAACUCCUGCAUUUGAUAAUAAUAAUUACUCUGUUUUUCAAAAUAGUUAAUUUUUGCAGCAUGUUCAGGAAAUACUUAAACCACUGACAGUGGCUGCAAAAUAUGGCAGUCCACAAGGUGUCCUCUGAAAUCUAGAUCUGUGGGAGAAGGAUUAAAAGCUUAAAACCCACCUCUUUAGUGCCUGUCUUAAGAGAAAGGAAUACUGGCAUGGCUGCAAGCCAAUUUGAGAAAUGAGACUUUUUUUUUCCCUUAUUUUUUCUACUUUCCAGAUGAAGUUCAAAGUGCAUUGUAGGCAAGUACACUCUUUCUGGAUUUGCAUUGAAAAGUUGCAUCAUUAAACAAAAAAAGAAACUUUAUCCUUUAGAUGCACAGAAAAGGAAGAAUUAAAAUGUUGUAGGAAAUUCUUACAACUUAUCUUCUGAAACAAACUAUUGUUAAUUUUUGUGUAAUUACUUUUUCCCUUGAAACCUUCUCAGAGGAGCAGGACUAGUCAGUAAUUAGUAAGUAAUAUGUUAUUAUUUUAAAUACAUGCAGAGGUCAUUAAGAGAAAUCCUCUUUAGAAAUCCUAUUUAAGGGCUAGUUUCACUGGUCUGACAACAUGUUUUAUAGUCUCUGUCCCUUGCAAGAACAUGAAAGCUGACAAAGAACGACAAAGCUCACAUUCGAUGUCAAAUUAAUGUCCCAAUCAGCUCAAUAUACCAUUCCCAAAAGAAGUUGGCUGGAUAUGUGUAGUCUGUAAAAAAAAAAAAACAGGGAACAUCUAUUAUGGUUUGAUGUCCGUCAUGUCCUGUGACAAGGAGCUCCCCUUUGUGAAAUUGAGAAGUGUUUGCAUGAAGUGUUGUGUCAUUUUUCUGUUCUCUUCCACUGCUGUCACAUUCAUUAAAGCUGAAACUCUUGCUCUUAUUGACAGUAAACUUCAGGUAUUUAUGAAAAAAGAAAAUAUAUUUGAUAAUAUAUUGUGAAUAUUUUUGGCUUAGUCUUUUUGUUUGUUUUGCAGCCUGCACUUCCUUGGGAAUGAAGACCUGGGGAAAUGCUGGUGCAGCCUGGGUAGUCAGUGUGCUACUGGAAGGGAACCUGUCCUGGUAGGAUGCACAGAGCAGCAAGUGCUCCCAGGAAAACAGUUAGGAGGUUUAUCACACAUAUGCCUAUGCUGUUGGCUGGCACAUGUCUGAAGACAUCUGAGUUAGGGCUCAAGAAGGAAAACUUAAACUACAUUUCAAAUGGCAGGUUGAUGCAAAUUCAUCUUGAGGUCAUUGUAGCAGGAAGGCAGUUCCUAGCUCAAGUGAUCUGCAUUGCUGGUGUGUGAGGUGGAGGGGAGACAGAAGAGCAAAAAUUGAAUAGUUCCUCUGUGGGGAUGAAAGUCUCUUUGACGUACUUUGGUUUUCUCCCUUCAUGCAGUGGGAACUGUGGCAGUCAAGAAGUGAAUGUGAGACCUUGAGACAUGCAAUAGAAAGGUGAAGGACUAAGGAGGUAAUGGAGAUAAUAUGAUUUAGGGGACAGCUGACUGAACAAAAUUGAGAAGACUCCACGAGUGACAGCUAGAAAACCCUUUAGUUUGUUGGGUUUUGGAUUAGGACAAUUGAGAUAGGGUUAUAAGAAGGUGAAUCAGCAUGGUGACCUGAGAUUAGCUACUCAAGUGCAGAAGUUAAACUGUGAAACGGAAAGCCGUUUCCCCAAAUAGUUUUAUAACAACUAUUCAAUUUGAGAGUUGGCAUCAUUAACAUUUGAAAAGAUCUGUUUGAAUGAGGGCAAAAUUACACCCUCUGCAAAUCAGAAGACAAAGGAAGAAGCAAUUUUUCCUUUUAUGCACCUUCAUCCUCACAAAACAGGCACUUCAAAAAUAUAUUGAAUAGUGAAAUAAAGAAAGGUGGAAGAAGGAGAAUAAAUUCUGCUUAGUGACAAACCAAGAAUUGAUUAAAAAAAAAAAAGUGUUUUAAUCAAGUCUGACACUAUGAACACUUUAACUUAUAUCAUGUGUAGACCAUCACUGUCCUAAAGUGACCAGCAAAAUGAAAAAAAAAAAUACAUUUAAGUGCCUUAGAGUGUUUGUUUACAUAUCUUAGGUGACUUGGGUUAUCUAUCUAUCUGUCUAUCUAGCUAUCUAUCUGUCUGUUUAGUAAGAUGGGAUUUUCAGAGUUUAUGAACUGAUUUUUAAGUUCAUUACAAUUCAUAAAAUUACUGUUAUGUCCUGAUCUUAAAUUCAAAAUGACUCAUUUUUUAACUGGGAAAUAGGAAAAGAUGUAGAAAGGAAGGCAAUUCUGUAGAUUAGGAAUUUUUCUAUUAGCAAUGAACUCACUUCACAUGUUAUUAGGAAACUCAUUUAUAGCAAUAAGUAUGAAACGCACCAUUGAAGCAAACCUUAAUGUUCUUUGUUUAGUAAUCCAUCUCUGACUCACAAGGAAGACUUAGUACAAUGUAUGAAAAUAUUGAAGAGUUAAUUACUGUCUAUUGAAAAGCCUUGUGGGAUGCAUUUCAUCCUUCACAGAAGACACAUUGUUUUCUGUCCCACAGUAAGUACUUUAUGUGUUCAAAAUGAUCCCAUGGUAUUCAUUUCUGACUUGGCAAAAAGGAUUUAGAAUUAGAUCAACAGUGUGUAGUAACAUCUGACUGCAUAGUGCAGCUGAAUUACUCGUGUGAUAGCAGUAAGAAAAGAAAAUGGCAAGCAAAUAUACAUGAUUUUAGGCUCAGAGGCCCAGUAUUCAUGUGCAACACUGGUUAAACAGACUGACAAAGCAGAGGCAGUCUAAGAUGUGUUAAUACAGGGAAAAUAUAAUUAGAUCCAAAGUAAAAGUUACUAUAACUCAAGCAGCAGAUCUAAACAAUAAAAUUGUGCUAGGCCUGUGUGUAAUCAAAUCAUACUGUAAGACUGGUGAUUUGCUGAGUACUGUACUGUUGAACUGAAAGUAUUGAAAAGAAAUUACAGAAGCAAACUCUUAAAAGCCAGAUGUAUUAUGCAUUAUCACAAUUAAAUACAUCAAUUACAAAAAAGGGACUUUAUUGGUUAUUGCAGUUCACCUAUCAGCAGAGUAACAGCAUUGAAUCUAAAGACUGAAGUGUAACAACUGGUAUCUGUUCUUCACUUCAGACUGAGAGGUGGCUGAAGGGCAAGUUAACCUCAAGGUCGUUUAUGCUUGAAUUUCCAUGUCUUGCAGGGGAGACGUUCUUUAGCUAAAUAUAAAUUCCUCAUCUCUCCUUCCUUGCUAACUGUAAGAGUGCACAAGUUGAAUUUUUUUCUUGUCUGUGAAUACUGAAGAAGACCAAUUAAUUUUCUUUUCUCUCAUGUAUUCAUCCAUUCAUCCCUCUGUUUUCCCCAUCCCCUUCCUCCCCUUUCAUCUACAUCCAAGAUACUCCUGAAGCUUUGUAGCAUCCCUUACUUUUAAAAAAGAAACUCAGGAUGGCAAUGAUUUUGAGAUUCUAAACAUUGAUGAUGAUAUCUUCCCAAAGUCUUUAUCUGUAGUAAUUUUUUUGACUUUGUUAUGAUUUUUAGUUCUUUAGCCCCAAAUUCGUCAUGAUGAAAUGACAAUGCAGCUAGUGUAAGAUCUGCCAGUUUAUUUUGUCUAGUUAUCUGUAUAUCAUCUGGGGCCUUCUUUCUAUGCAUUGGUAUUAGAGAAAGAAGGAGUACUUCCAGUGUUUCCUCAUUUCUUAUGAAGAUAAUGUCUGAACUUGUUUCCAGAGCAUGGGUUUCUUUGUGAGUAUUACAUGUGUAGCGAAGAUAAAACAGGGUUUUUUCUGAACUUGUGGCAUGAGUCAUAAGUGCCUAGCUACACAUUUUUGGCAACUUCCUGAUCUUUUCUUCCACUGCACUGUAUAAAUGGUACAAAUGUGAUUCUGCCAACUCAGAACUGAAAAGAUUUAUCCAACAUUAGAAAUACUGGAUUUCCAGAAGUCAUGUCACCACAGAAACAAUUCCUGAGAGGAGAAAUCUUACAUCAUUACAGAUUACAAAAAUUGCUUUGCAUUAUUUUAAUGUUGCUCCAAAAUUUACACAUUUCCUUUAUUUCUUUUAAAUGCUGAAUUUUAUCUGUUAAAUUCCUAUGCUUUUUCUUUUCUUCACCUUGAUUUCUUCUCCUUCUUCACGUUUAUAUUAGUAACCAGAAGUACCCUAUUUAUUUAAACACGCACCAUGAUAAAAUCCAACUUUAUUUCACAGACAUUUCAAAGACACAUCCACCUUUUGUUGUUUUGUGAGCUCCUAACAUCUCCGUGAACAGAGAAGCAGCUUUAUUUAUUUCUUAUACGCUGUAAGUGAGGAAGAAGUCUGCUACAAAUAAUAAAUUGAUGCCACUAUGAUAUAACAAUCAAAAAUCAGCAGAUUCUGAUGGCCUAAAUCCUGCUUUACAAAAUUCUCAUUUCAGCAUCUAGUGUCAUCUGCAUAGCUGUAGUACUGAUAAAUAAUCAUUUGUUUGUGAAAUUCAUGUAACUCGCAGACUACCAAAUAGUUUUAGAAGUACUUGAAAUAACAACUACAGUUCCAGCUUCUGUGAAGCAAUCGUUUACCAAGGCUUUCCUCUCAACUUUUGUCAUGUGUGACUUUCACGAGGUUUCUUUUAUUGCCCUGUGCAGUUGCCAUAAUAACAGCAGAUCUGUUGUUAGAAACCUCAAGCUGUAUUUGUUACAGGCAUACCAUGCAAGUAGGAAAAUUGUAUUUACGCUUUGACAUAGUGCAGCAUAACUUGGUUCGUGCAUCUGGAUUCAGCCAGCUGGGGGUGGUUCAGCAAGUUACUCUCCUAAUUGGAGAAGAGACUGAGACUAGAAAUGCCACCAGCAAUAGGAGCACCACAAUACCCACCUCCAGAUGGAGGCUGGGGGUGGGUUGUGGUCUUUGGGGCUUUUAUAUCCAUUGGAUUCUCCUAUGCGUUUCCCAAAGCCAUCACGGUAUUCUUCAAGGAAAUACAGGAAAUCUUCCAUACAUCAUAUAGUGAGAUAGCUUGGAUAUCUUCAAUAAUGUUGGCAGUCAUGUACGCAGGAGGUCCCAUAAGCAGCAUUCUGGUGAAUAAGUAUGGUAGCCGACCAGUGAUGAUAGCAGGGGGUAUCCUGUGUUCAUUUGGCAUGAUUGCUUCCUCUUUCUGCAAUAGCGUUCUGGAGCUUUAUAUAUGUAUUGGGGUUGUUGGAGGUCUGGGUUUGGCAUUCAACUUACAGCCUGCCUUGACCAUGAUUGGCAAGUAUUUCUAUAAGAAGCGUCCCAUUGCUAAUGGAUUGGCCAUGGCUGGAAGUCCAGUGUUUCUGAGCACAUUGGCACCUCUCAAUCAAUUCCUCUUUAAUGCAUUUGGUUGGAAAGGAAGCUUUCUCAUUCUGGGAGGACUACUUUUGAACUGCUGUGUGGCUGGGUCACUUAUGAGGCCUGUUGGACCAAAACCAGUCCCUCCUGUGAAAAAAGAUGUUGAAAAAGGCACAGGAGAUUCUACUCUGCACAAAAACAACAAGAAAUCUCUUUGGCAAACUAUCAAUAAAUACCUAGACCUAUCCCUCUUCAAACACAGAGGGUUUCUGAUCUAUUUGUCAGGAAAUGUUAUUAUGUUUGUUGGUUUCUUUGCUCCAAUAGUAUUCUUGGCUCCUUAUGCCAAACACAAAGGAAUUGAUGAAUAUUCUGCUGCUUUUUUGCUAUCAAUUUUAGCCUUUGUAGAUAUGUUUGCUAGGCCUUCAAUGGGACUUGUAGCAAACUCUAAAUUUAUCCGGCCAAAGAUCCAGUACUUUUUUAGUUUUGCUGUCUUCUACAAUGGCAUCUGUCAUAUCUUGUGCCCGCUGGCAACAAAUUACACUGGCUUGGUGAUAUAUGCUGUAUUUUUUGGGUUUGCAUUUGGAAUGGUUAGCAGUGUACUUUUUGAGACUCUGAUGGACCUCGUUGGUGCUGCCAGAUUUUCCAGUGCAGUUGGACUGGUCACCAUUGUGGAAUGCUGCCCUGUGCUCAUAGGCCCUCCUCUAGGAGGUUGGUUAGUGGAUGUUACUGGUGAAUAUCAAUACAUGUAUUUUGUUUGUGGAGUGAUUGUGAUUGUGGCCAGCAUCUGGUUGUUCAUUGGCAAUGCCAUUAACUACAGGCUUUUGGCAAAAGAAAAGAAGUUAGAAGAUGAGAAACAGAAAGCACAGAAGAACACUGACUUGAAGGAGGCAGAACCACUAACAAACAACGAGAACGAAGAUGCUGCCAGCAGAGCUGACAAAACUCUUGAAGAUCCUUCAGAAAGAGAAACCAAUAUUUAAUCUACAGUGUAGCCCAGAAGACAACAUUUAUGACUUCCAUUAGAAAUAUGCCUUCAAGACACAAGCCAGGUUUUGUGUUAAUAAUGAUCAGCUACAAUAUUGGAUGGGAACAGAUUUUUGCCCCAUGUCAAGACUAUGAGUUAAAUUACUAUCUAGAGUUUAUUUAUUUCAGUGAUACAAAAUUGUGGUUACAGAGAUAGUGGCUCCAUACAUUAAGCCCAUUCAAACUAUGACUCUGGACAGUGAAGAGUCAAGAAAACUAGGUGUAAAGCCUUCACAUGACAAAGUUUUGUUUCAAAAAUACAUCUAAUGCAAAAGCAUCUCUUACUGUUAUAUGGGAAGAUAUUUUAUGUUCAUUAAUAGAGUACUGUUAAUGUCUGUUGAAUUAAUGUACCCAAACUGUAUUUACUACUAAUAUCAAAAAACAAUAUGAGCUCAAAUGUUUGUUUCAAAAUUACCUGAAUGAAGCACAAUGAAAACUUUUGUUUUCUCAUUUGCAUGCCCACUUGAUCAAAAUAUUCAUUAUAUUUACAUAAACAAUUACAAUAGGAAUGUAAAAGUUAAGAUUGGAAGACAAACAAUUGGUGGGCACAAUUUAUCAAAUGCAAUAAACAGCAGAGGUUGUUUCCUCCUGUAAUAGGUGACUAUGUUGUAUUUCAACAGAUACAUUUGAACACAAGUACAUUCAGACCUCGCUAAUUCAAAAUGAACUAAAUGAAACUAUUUUAAACUAGGAUUUACACUGCUAAUAAGAGUUCAGUUGCUUCAUGGCAGUGACAUCAGUAUGGAUGCUUGAGUUAACUGGCAAGUCAUUAACUGCUUGAUGAGAAGAUGUAAGGUCUAACUUCAGGUCCUUGAGGGCAGGUAACUUCAUACCAGUCCUCAUCUCCCCUUCCCAUGUAUUUAGUGAAAAGCUACUUCUAUUUCAUGCUACUGGUUUAAUCAAAAAUGCUGCAAAGUACCUUGUCAGUACAAGUCUGGGAGCUUUGUAUUAGCGUAUCAUUUUUUGUUCAGGAUAUUUGGUCUUGUUUCACACAGACACAUCAAUUGAGAUAUACAUAAUUGUUUCUCUUCCUUCAGGUAAAAAAGCAAAAAAAAAAAAAAAAAAAUUAUUAAUAAAAAAAUGAUUUAGCAUUGCACUUGAAAUUGAAAAGUGCAAGCUUGAAGGUUUUAAAUGAAAAUAUUCCUGUUCUAUUCAUAGUUGAGGAAGGGUGCUCUUCAUUUUGCAGACUUGCAUAUAUAUACCACAGAAGUUGUGAAAAUUAAGGGUCUGAUUCAUAGAACAUUUAUUCACUGUUUAUGCAGGAUACAUGUACAUUCAAUUCAGGAAAAAGUAUGUUUUUGUUUUGUUUUGUUUUGUUUUGUUUUUUUUUUUUUUAGCCCUCAAAUACAUCUGGUACAGCUGUAAAUACACUGGACAGACAGAUAUGUUAAACACAAUUUGAAGUGCCAAUAACAGAACAAAUACAAUUACAAAAACUAGCAAGUACAAAUGCCAGUUUCUUAAGAGCAGAAUUCAAUUUGAUUAUUUUCAUUCUUUAUUCAAAAAAAAAAAAAAAAGAUAUUGUUUGCUUCUGUCUUGCAGAAUUAUCAUCUUAUUUGCUACAAACUUUUACAGUAGUGCUGAACUUUUCUUUAUCUCAGCACUGUUUUGGAGAAGAAACAUCAUGAAUCCACUAGCAAGAUGGUACAGAAAUUUGCAUCUUCUUUUUACCUAAUUAUGCACAGGAAAUCCAGACAGCUUCUACAAGUCCUAUAGGUGCUUCAGCUAUAUAUAUAUAUAUAUAUAUAUAUAUAUAUAUAUAUAUAAAAAAGUGUAUUUUAGAGUUUUAGAAGAAAAUAAGGGUUAUAUGCUCAGAUUUGAGCAGUAAACUGUUUAAAGGAGAGUGAUAUAAUCCCAGUAAAGUUGCAGUUCAGAGAAAUAAAUAUAUUAUACAUUCUUUCAAAAUGUAAUCCAGGCAACACCCACCCUAUAAGAUAAAAGCGUUGCUCUGGUUAUGGAUGCAUGGACAUACAGGAGGAGUUCCAUGAUCCAGGCUGAAAAUGCCUCACAUGUCCAGAGUUGUGGAGUUUCAUAAAUGGCAAGCUGUCAUACAGUUAGGAAUAUCAGUAAUAAUGCUGGAUUGCAAAGGAUGAACUGAAACAUCAGCUAUAGAGUAGUCAUCAGGAAAAUCACUUUGCUCUCAACAGCAAGUGUCAAAAGCAGAGAUAAUUUGAAAAGAGUUCAGUAUAGAGGUAGUACAAAAAUGACUGAGGCAAAAAUCUUUGUUCUUAUUAUCUCUGCAAAACAAGCAAACAAACAAAACCCUGAUAAACCAAAAUAAAAUAAUAAUAAUAAUAAUAAAAACCUCACAAAAUAGCAUGAUUAAAAAUACAGGGUAACAGACUUUAGGGACUCAAGAAAGAGGCUCUUGGGAAUCAUGCAGGCAGCUCACCUCUUCUGUGGACUGCAGAGUACAGUUAAACAUGGCAUGGAAAAUAAGGGAAAAACAAGAUUCUCCGAGCCAUAGACACACCCGCAAUAGCAACAAUGAUGUUACUAUCUCAGAGGAAAUCAACAUUUAUAUAUAUUCUCUAGAGGACUCCUGAUCUUUCAUCUCCAGUAAAUUAUGGGAGUAGUGGGAAUGAAAGAGCUGCUUUACCACCAUUCACCAAUGUACAACUUUUUAUAAGGUAAAAUGAUGUAUCAGGCAACUGAAACAAAGUAAGAUGUGAAUGGAAUCAAGUGAAACAUUUCUUUACAUCUGUCUCAUUUUUUUCUUCUUAAAACUGGCAACAACUACUACUACAACAACAAAUCAGAAUGCAGUUGAUAUUACUGAGUGUUGUGGAAUUUUGAAUGCAGAGCAUAAUGAAGAAGAUUGGAGCCAUAUCUAUGCAAAAAAUGCCAGAAAUGAAAAAGUCUUCCAAAUAAGAGUCCUAAAGUGGUAUUUUAAUAUGUAGUUCUUAUUUUAAUAUUAAUAAUAAACUGCCUUCAGUAAUUCUAUAAGCAUUAAAGUAGUGCAAUGAAUAUAACUUGCCUAUAAAACCCAGAAUAUCAUUCUUACUUGCACUGAGCUGAAAUCACUAUUGCAAAUAAUUUUCUUACCAUUCUGUUUUCAGAAUGAGACCCAUGUGUAUAUUAUUUUUUUUUUUUAAAUCCCCCUGCUUUAUUUUAGUUACCUUGGACAGCCCUCACUAUGGACACAGGAUCAAGAUUAAGAGAUAUCUUUGCUAUACAGUCAUGAAAUAUACUCUCAAAUUUUAAGAUAUACCACAUACAUCUGUUACAUACUGUGAAGUCUGUAGUCUCAGUCAGUGCAAGCAAAUCCUGAGUUAGCCUUAGUCUCAUAUAUACUUCAUCAUCUUUAUAUCUCUGCUGUAAUAUUUCUGGGCCAGAUUAUCAUAUUGUUUAUAUUCGAUCAAUCAAAUAAUGCCAAAAUCUUAAAAUUAGUGGGAAAGAGAAUAAUCAGCCUCCUCUGAUCAUAUUUUUCCUAUUUAACAUCAAGGUUAAAUUUCAAAUAGAUUCAGAGUACUUAUCCAGAUACUUUUAUCUCUUUAGUGUUUUUUAACAUUAUAAUUCUCUAGUAGCAGGAUGGUUUUUCUGUUCUGCCCUUUUCAACUCCAGAGAAAGCCUUCUCUCUAAUAAUUCUCAGUACUUGUUCAAGAACAAAUGUUCACCCUUGCCACUUCUCACCACUGAACUGUGCUUGCAGCUGUUGCCAGUUUUGUAUCUCCUUCAGGUUCACAUAUGAAAUGCUGUAGUCAAACUGUAGUUCUUAUGUUUCAGGAGGGUGAUUUGUGAACUGUUUUGACUGGGUUGGAAAAAGCUGUCUUCAAAUAGUUUUUAAUAUUUUCUUCAGUUUUCUAAUGAUACUUUCCUUAUGAGAGUAAGUUCAGCUUUCCUUGCUGUUGAAGUUAAUGGCAACAAUUUCACUGACUUUGUGACUCAACAUUCACAUUAAUUUUUAUGGCAUUUUUCAAUAGCAACAUCCAAUGUACUUAAAAAAAAAAAAAAAAAAAAAAAGAAGGUUGACAGCGUGUACAUAACUGCAUAACUGUUCAAAACUUAACCCAGAGAAGUCUGUGAAGAGUCACAAGCUGUGCUGGUAAAUGAUGAGUUUCAAGUUUGUUUGUUUUUUUUUUUUUUAAAUUAUUAUUUUUGGGGGGGGAGGAGGGUGCAACUGUCCAUAAAGAUUCUAUGAAGUAGCAAUGCAUCAUAUACUCCCUCAAAGAGUAGGAUUAAUCUUGCUUAGUUUUAUCCAUACAGAAAUCAUAUUGAUUUUAUUUCCCAUUAGAAAUGUAUCCCUAUUUACUAUUUUUGUAACUUCAUUUCCUCUCUUCUUCAACUUGAAGAUUCUCCUGACUCCCAGUUUUUUAUCCUGAUGUUGCACAAAGAACUUAGAUAUGGCAUGGAAUGUCUUUUGUUAAAUACUUGCUGUCAUUGUCCUCCCUCAAAUGCCUAAGUUGCUACUUUAGGUGGCUGUGGGGAGGUAAGGUAUUAUUCACUUAUGUAAUAAACUACAGAUGUAACACACAGCCAGAUUGGAUGUAGCCAUCAGGAUUUCACUUAACAAAAACAGUGAACACUUUUUUGGAAUCAUAGAAUCAUGGAAUGGUUUGGGUUGGAGGGACCAUUUAAGAUCAUCUAGUUUCAACCCCCCUGCUAUAGGCAGGGACACCUCCCACUCAACCAGGUUGCUCAAAACCUCAUCCAGCCCAGCCCUGAACACCUCCAGGAAGGGGGCAUCCACAACCUCUCUGGGCAACCUGUUCCAGUGUCUCACCAUCCUCACAGUAAAGAAUUUCUUCCUGAUAAUAUCUAGUCUAAAUCUACCCUCUUCCAGUUUAAAACCAUUUCCCCUUAUCGUGUUGCUACAUGACCGAAUAAAGAAGUCCCUUCCCAGCUUUCCUGUAGGCUUCCUUCAAGUACUGGAAGGCCACUAUAAUGUCUCCCCAGAACCUUCUCUUCUCCAGGCUGAAGAGCCCCAGCUCUCAGUCUGUCUUCAUAUGGGAGCUGCUCCAGCCCUCUGAUCAUUUUUGUGGCCCUCCUCUGGACCUGUUCCAACAGCUCCAUGUCCUUCUUGUGUUGAGGGCCCCAGAAACAGACACAGUACUCCAGAUGGGUUCUCACGAAAGCAGAGUAGAGAGGUAGAAUCACCUUACUCUAUCUGCUGGUCACACUUCUCUUGAUGCAACCCAAGAUACAGUUGACUAGAUUAACUUGCUGCAAUGUAUACUGACAAUUUUGUCUUUAACAAAAUUCAAUCAAGGCAAUUUUUGUUAGUUUCUCUAUAGAUGACUAUUUUUUUACUCCUACUGAGGAAUAUAAAGGGAUUUUGAGAAAAUACUUAUUAUCAGAAAAGACAUCAAUUUUAACAAGGCUCUCUUGUUUAUUUGGGGGGGGGGGGGGGGGGGGGGGAGAGGGGUAGGCACUUUUCUGAUGUUUGUGCAUACAUAUUUAAAGCAUUUGCAUGUAUAGGCAUCUUUUAAAUCACAAUUUGCAUAAGUAUUGCUAUAUAAUUUCAACAUCAUUUGCAUGUUAUUAUUUUACAAUUCAUUUUUUUUCUCUGUCAUCUACCUCUCAAUUACAGUUUGGAGACUUGCAUGACCCUGAAAGAAUACAGCUAACAAAAAGCAUAGUGUUUAAACUUGCACAGAUUAUUAGACAGUCUCCAAAAUAUUUGAAAUAGUUCAAAGUAAUAUUUUAAAGCACUGCAUACUGAUGACUGUAUUCUUUUUAUCAAUAUUAGUAAAUCUGAAGAGUUAAGCCAUACUGGUAUAUUUUUUUGCAUCACUGAACUGGUGUAAAAAAAAAUCGAUGUGUCAUUUAAGUAUCCAAAGUCUACUGCCCUUUCUGUGAGAUGCUGCCUUUUUGUAUUUCCUUCUAUUUCUGAAUUAAAGGAAGAAACUAAAUGGAAACAGUAGGACAGUAGUACAUACAAGGUGUUACAAAAAAGUGUUGCAGAAUAUUUUACAUUCUUCAUCCCGAGAGAGAGGGAGAGAAAGCAAGGAAGGAAGGAAGGAAGGAAGGAAGGAAAUACAGAAUUAAAUACAAAAUUUUAGCUUUCUUUCUCUUUUGUGUGGACAGCUGGGGAAGCUGGUCACAAAAUACUCCAUUGGGAACAAGAAAUAGUGAUUGCUGGUCUUGAAAAAAAAAAAAAAGAAUUGUUUCAUCAAAUAUACUCUUCAGUUUAGUCUACAAACCAUUCUUGCCUUCUAGAACAGCCCACAAAGUCCACUGAAGUCAACAUAAACAAACAGUCAGACAAGCUUUAUCAGACUUUGAAAGUGUUGUGGCUUCAGUGGAGGCUUCAGCCUUACUUUCUCCAUAUCAAAUCUCAGGAAUGUCAGAUAUAACGCAACAAAUGCAGAAUUUAUUGCAACUGGCAAAGUUAGUUAUGCCUACAUAAUAUGCAUAAUGAAUCAGUCCCUAAAUUAACGCACAAUAUGUAUUAUUUUAGUCUAUGUAAAUAAGGAAAAACAAAAAGCAAAAACAAACAAACAAAAAACCUUCUGAAUGUAAAUUAUAAAUAGUGAGGAUAUAUUUAAAAAAAUAUCCAAACAAAUCUGUUUAACUCUGAAAGAAAAUAUCUCUAUCCUUUCAAGCCUUCUAGCAGUUUAUAAUCUUCAUUUUUAUUAUUUUCUUAGAAAGUGAUCUGUGUCUUUUGGAAGUGUAUAUAUGAAUAAAUAUAUAAGGGAAUAUAUAUCUGUAUGUGUGUAUGUGUGUAUAUAUGUAUUCCCCUAUAUAUAAAACUCUAAUUUAUAUAUAUUAUAUAUAUUUAUGUAUAUAUAAAAUAUAUAUAAUGUUUUAGAGUAUGUUGCAUAUUGUGCCUAAUAAGUGACACACACUUGUAAGCAGAUAAAAGAUUUCAGCAAAUGAUAGAACAAUGUAAAGAUUUUUUACAAUGGUAAAGUAUUAUUUUUCAGUUUAUGAUGGUUUUAUUUACAUCAGAAAUUCAUUCAGAAAACUUCAUUAUUUCACAACACUGAUAUUUCAAGCAUGACUCAACUAAAAGUUGACCUAAUUUCACUGAGAAUUUUCAUUGUUAGGCUGGAACUCCUCCACUGAGGGUGGAGUGGUUGGUUGUUUUUGUUCUGAAAACAUUAUCUGUGUGAUCUCUGAACAGACUGUGAAAUGUAGGCUGAUUUUUGAACACUGUAGUAUGUAUGUCAAAAUCAUAUGAGAUAUUUAUAGACAAGAUAUUCUUGUAAAAACUAUGGAAAAUGAGGAAACUGAAGGCUCUGCAAACUAUUCCAAUUAAAUUAUUGUGGGGAACUCUCCAGAACAUUAAAUUAUAAUAAUGGUGGCAAUUUUUAAUACAUUUUCCACAUACUGUUUUUAUUCUGUCUGCAGGUAGGCAAGUCUGUGAAAUGCCUACAUUUGUCUCUGACUCUUAAGAAGUAUUACCUUAUUUUAUUUUUUAAGAAUUUUUUCAGAGUGGUACAUAAAGCACUUACGUAAAUACCCUUCCUGAUCUGUGACACAGAUGUAUUUUCCAAUUCUGGCUUACUUGGAAAGUUGACCAUGUCUGCAGUCUACCAAUAGAACUUGGUAUUCCUAUGCAAUAAUUCAACAUGUAGUUGCCACUGUUGCUGGCUAAUAUUUUUUUUCAUCAUUUUUGUAUUAUGCAAUACUGUAUGGUUUUUACUUGAAUAUAUUGGCUAAACUUUUGUUUUGUUUUGACAAUCAAUUAUUAGCUAGUGGUGCUAUUUAUGUUCCAAAGAGAUUUGGGUGGAUGAUAACAUUUUCUUUCUAGAUGCCAAAUGCUUUUUUGACCUGACAAAAAUCAUUGUUCAUAGUGUAUAUUAAUCCUGUAAAAAUGCUUAUGCACUGCAUUACACUGUCUUUAAAUGCAUUUCUGCUCAUUAACUUCUAUUCCAGGACUGUACUAGUGUCUAAUAUGUCCAGUUUGUCCAUACACAUUUAUGGAAAAUUACAAAGAAAAAUAUGUAUGAUUAACAAUCAAAAAAAAAAAAAAAAAAAGAAAAGAAAAAAAAAGAAAGAAAUAAAAUUUCCAUGUAAAGUUUCUGGAAGUUUGUAAAUACUUUUUAAAAUUUUCAUUAUUUAGUUGAAAAUUAUUUUUAAUUUUAAAGUGCACAGAUAUUCAUAGAUACAUGCGUAGAUUAACUAUUCAGAUUUAGCUAAGACCUCAAAAUCUUGUAUACCUGUGUAUAGAUACAGAACUGAAAGGUUUCCAGUGCAGAAAAAAUAGUACUAGCAGUAAAUGUACUACCAGCCCUUUGUUAUCCCUAACCACAACAUAAUUAUAACUAAUUUUCAUAAAUUACUAAAAAAAAAAAAAAAUCUGGACACCCAGAACUUUUGUCAAUUAUUCUGAUUGGGAAAUUUUUCUGUAUUCCAUGUACAUGCACAAUCAUUCAUUUAUUACUAAUACUCAUUUUUGUAUAGGAGAGGAAUAUGUCCAUAUAAAUUGAAAUAGUGGUUAUAGAUAACUCUAUUCAUUCACUUCUUUCUAAGUGUUUCCGGAUCCAACUUAUUUGUCCCUUAGCUUAGGGCAACAGUCGCUAGCCUCAGUUAAAUUCUUUUUUAUUUAUGUAAUUUGAUUGGGUGUUUUAAAUUAGAGACAAUUGAUUAACAUCCUUUGCAUGCUAUCUACGUGCUUUUUAUAAACAAGCACAGCAAGCUAGUAGGAAACGAAGGUGUACCAUUUCUUAAUUGAACUGCUGAAUACAAAACAUAACUCCUAUGAAAACAAAUGACAUUUAUUUUCAGAUUUCUAAUAACUGCAAUAUUUAUUUUCAAGUAAUGUUAUCAGUAAUUUUCUUGAUAUGGAAAUGUUGAUUCAGCUAUAUUUAGAUUCUGUUUAGAUUCUAGCCCAUUGUAAUAUUUGCAUAUUUGAAUAUAUGUAAUAUUCAUAAAUAAUCUAUUUUGAGGCAUAGACCAAACAAAGAUUAAAAUUAAAUUUAAAAAUAUAUAGUGGUAAAACUGUUCUUUGUACAAUGAACUGGUGCCAAUACUGCUCUUUCCAGUUUGUUUUUGAUGUUUAUGAUAUUUAACUUUGAUCAAUGACAUUGAUGUUAUCUCUUGCAUGGAAAACAUAUGUUGCCCCCUUGAAUGUAAAUGCCAUGUUAAAACUUUUCUCAGUUAAGGAUAGAAGUAAAUGCUAAUGGAUUGAAA